AUGUUCAAACUAGCUGUUCGCGCGCAACUGAACAGUGAGAACAGAGGAUCGUUUCGGAAUCUCGUCGAUAAUGUUGAACUCAGAAACGCGCGUAAUGAAAGUGUCAAAAGACGAGAAGAGAGUGCAAAUCGAAGAGAAGUUCAAGGCGCCCCUGUAGCUGAUUUGUACUUUUUAGGUAAGUUUUGAGCGUAAAAUAAGCGGUUACUCGGAUUUUUCGAUUUGUAAAAUUCAACAAUCAACGGCUGUACAUUGGAACCCCUGUAGAACAAAUCGAAAAUUACAAAAAAAUACAUUUGUUGUAGGAGGGUUUCAUUGUUCGGAGGCACCUCUAGUCGACUCUUGGGACCUCCGAAAAUGUGUGUUAUUUACAGCACAGAUGUUAUUGUACGGGAGUUCCAUUUAAUAUAUGCAUAUAUAUUAGGGCCAAACCUCUUUUGCAACCAACUCCGAUCCAGCAAAACGUAUCCAAAACAGGCAAAUUCAAAGCUUUUGUAUAACAGCUUUCUGACAGAGUAAACCUCUGGACGACGACUCCUUCAUAAUAGACAAAAUUUUCGAGUAGCUGCGUAGGGGUUAAAAACGUUAUUAUUCCGUCGGGAAAAUAAUGAGCACUGUCGAUCGUGUCGCUGUCAAUGAUGGUCUUGUUAUACGGGCCUCAAUAACAUCGGGUACAAUUGAGACAUCAGAUCCUCUGCGCAAUCAGUCUGUCUCGAAAAUAAUGAGCAAAUGUCGCUGCGCGGAAGUUGGAAUUUGAUUUUUUCCACAUCUCAUUUUCUCGGCGGCGAUGUGAUUCUCGACACGACAGAGUGCUGAUUAUUUUCCCGACAGACUGAGAGUACAACAAACACCUUCUUUAACGAAAAAAAAUCCUCUGCACAAAUCAUUCAGUAAAUUUUCAGACCCCGGCGACCUCAACAUCUGGGGCAACAAUGACCGUGAGCCAAGCGAGCUCCAGAAAUUGGAGAGCCGAGUCCGAGCGCUCACUCAAAAUUGGGUACCCCAAGAAGAUGUGACUGAAAGUCAGUUGGAUGAUUUCUUUUUAUACACUUCCAUCAGUGGCUUGCGAUUUUUGCAUUCCAAAAAUCCGGGAUGGUUCAAGUGAGAAUUUCAUUACAAUUGAAGCCAAACCAUUCAAGGGCGUCGCGACACUUGCGGGCAACCACUUUGCGGGCAACCACUUUGCGGGCAAAUUUUUUGCGGGCAGCCACUUUGCGGGCAAAAUUUGGAGGGUCACAUUUGCGGGCAGCUGAAACAUUUGCGGGCAGCUGAGACAUUUGCGGGCAACCGACACUUGCGGGCAGCCGACAUUUGCGGGCAACCGGCACCUGAGGGUUACAGGGUGGAGGUGGAAAUAUUACUGCGAUAUUUUGGAAAUUUGCCGACAUUUGCGGGCAGCCGACACUUGCGGGCAGCCGACAUUUGCGGGCAACAGGAAAAAACAAUCACACAGACUGUAUUGGUACUUUUGGAACUGUUGCCCGCAAAUGUCGGUUUCCCGCAAGUAUUGCCUGCCCGCAAAUGUCGGAAAACUUCCAAAAUAUCGAAGUAAUUUUUCCACCUCUACCUUGUUAUCAUCAAGUGCCGGUUGCCCGCAAAUGUCGGCUGCCCGCAAAUGUCGGCAAAUUUCCAACAUAUCAUAGUAAUUUUUCCACGUCCACCCUGUUACCCUCACAAUCAGGUGUCGGUUGCCCGCAAAUGUCGGCUGCCCGCAAAGUGGCUGCCCGCAAAAAAUUUGCCCGCAAACUGGUUGCCCGAAAAGUGGUUGCCCGCAAGUGUGCGCCCGCCCAUUCAAGAAUUCAUGUGAUUUUAUUUGUAAAAUACGACCUCUAAUAAUUUGGAUCUUUUGUUUCAGGACUUUAUCAGCAAUAACAUUGGUCGCCAGUUUAGCGCUAUUUGCUUUUCACUCCUCCGUGUUUGCCAAGAAAUAUUUUGGACAAGAGAAUGAUACUCAAUUCUUUGCGACAUCAUUCAAAUCAGUGUCUUUCCCGUCGAUUAUUGUUUGUCCGAUCAAUCGACAUCGGUGAGUCAGCUUCUGUUGAUAGAGGAUCAGCUGGGCCCACAUGUUUUUUGUCUUCUGACUCUCCUCAUUUUGCGUGCUCUCUCGCAGAAAAAAUAGUCUGUCGGGAAAAUAAUGUGGAUUUGCCGCAGCAAAAUAAUAAAUAUCACGCCUCGUCAAACAGUGACGGACUGAUCCAGUGGCAAAAAAAAGUACCAUUUUGCAUCCAGGAAGUAUCAAAAAAUGUAGCAAAAUGCCUCCCUCUCAAACUAAAAAACUCCUUUUUUAAGGGCGCGCCCUUUCCCUCACAAAAACCGCUUUUGAAAUCCGAGUUUUUUCACUUGGAGAGGGAGGUAUUUUGCUACAUUUUUUUGAUACUUCCCGGAUGCAAAAUGGUAUGGUUUUCGCUUUUAAAUCAGAUCCGCCACUGUACCUUGACUUCUCAGAAACCUUUUUUGCAGUCUUUCACCACUACUCCACUUCAGGGUGCUCCGCGAAAACUACAGUCCAGACUUUGCUCACUUCCUCACCAACUUUUGGCUCGUUCAUGAUGAAGAGCCCGUAGUCCAAAACAAAACUUUGCGUCAAUGGCUUGAGGAGCUGAACAAUGAGUUGCAACAGAUCCGAAUGCCAAUUUUGGAGAUCGCCCGGCUAGAUGAAUGGAGCCAAGAGAUCGCCAGGAUUCUCCCGAACGCUGCGAACAUGCUGAACAUCUCCGGCGCGUUGAAAGUUUUGGGCCCGGAUUUUCAGGUCGAAGGGAGCAGUGAGUUCUAUGCGUUUCAACGGCAAAGCGACGAAUGCUCGCAGGUCUUGGAUUUUACGAAAGUAGGCGAAUGGAAUAGGGAUGUUUUUUGGCCUACUUUUGUUCCGCAGUUCAAUUUUUAGAACGAAACAAUCGCCGGAUUCAUUGCAUGCCGCUUAUACAACGUUCGUGUGAUGAUUGGCGAAACACUGAACAGUUACAACUACUUGAUCAAAACCAUCAACGACCCUCCUCUGAUCAACGACUAUAUUAUGGAGUAGGUUCGGGUAUCUGUUGAAAAAAUACUGUAUUAUAGAUGUAAAUGGAUCGACGGAACGGACUGCGCGCUAACAGCCAUCAACACGACACUGAACAUGAUUUGUAUUCGCGCGGCCGCAGAAAAUCCUUUUAACAUUUCCGGAGAAAGUAAGUUGACGAUUAGGCGAUAACAAAUGCGUUGCAAGAAGAACGAGCAUAUCUUUAGUUACGGUUAUCAGUUGACAAAAAAAUUCAAGAGACGUAUUCUAGAACUAAAUACUUUUUUAUUGUCAUCCAGUCGGAAAAAUAAAAUGGAUUCUUCACGCCCAGAAAUCGCCUAUCAAAACACUUUGCGACGGCUACAUAGCGCUUGGAGACUGGGUGCGCGAGACAUUUUGCUACGACAAAUAUACAUUAUUUUUCUGACAGAUUGAUAAUCCGUUCGUAAAGUCGUUGAAUUGAUUUUGGCGACACCCUGAUUUGUUUUGCGCACUAAAUGUCGCCGAAAUUACUCAAGACGACUUUACGAACGGACAAUCGGUCUGUCGGGAAAAUAACGAGCAUUCUCUCGCACUCAAAACCGCAAUGCCGCCGAGAAAAUAAAUUGUGUCGCGACAAAAUCAUAUUGCUUCUGACUUCAGCAACGCGAUUGGCUCAACGACAGGGUGAGCCAAUCGAAGAGUCAUUAUUUUCUCGACAGAUUGAUAACAUUGACACCUUUUCAGUUAUGAGUUUCCCCGUCACAAUCGUCAUUGAUUCUCAAGCCUUCAACAACCAAGCCAACACCUUCAAACCGGAUGAAGUCAAGGUAAAGAAAAACGGAUUCUAAAAUUUUUUGUAGGUUGCUUUCUACGAUGACAAUACGGAAUUCCCAAGGCCAACUCAGUUCGCAACUUUUGGUGGAUCAGACGCUGUGGAACUUGACAUCUCCGCCGUUCAAGACGUAGGUGUUUUAUACAGCACAACGCAUAUGCUCAUUUGUACAACUCUAUUCUAGUUCUAUCAAUACGGUAGUGACAAUUGUGACUGGCCACAGGUCAGAAGACGGACAAAACCGGUGGACAAAGGUGAGAAUCACAAAAAAAAUAAAACAUCAGUCUGUCGGGAAAAGAAUGAGCACUCUGUCGCAUCGAUAAUCGAAUUCAUCGUCGUGAAAAUGAAUUUUGUCGCGACGAAAUCAAAUUUCUUUCCACUUCAGCGACGCCAUCGGCGCAGCAUUGUGGUCAUUAUUUUCCCGACAGGCUGAUAUUUCAUUUUUUCUUGAAAUGGAUUUCUUUCCAGACGAAGUCUGUAUAUGGCGCAACUACCGCUUCAGCGUUACGUUAUCUGAAUUUCGAAGCGAUCAGAAUUACAAAAAGAUGGUCCAUCCUCAACGAAAAUUGGAUUGGAAAGGAAUUGACAAAGUGUUGGAAAGAUCUGAUGGAGAAGUGUUUUAUCCAUUACUGUAAGAACGAGUGAAAGAAAAGAACAGUCAAACAAACCUCUUUACCACCAUAUCUGAAUUCUUACAAUUAGUAACUCUGAUCCAACUACAGUUCAACCUCUUGUCCAACAAAUUGCAAGGAAAAAAAAUAUUCGUUAUAAAAGGGUUUGUUUUGGGGAUUCAUUCUGGCGUUAAAUUGACUCUCAGAACCUCUGAAGUUGUUCGUUAAAGACAGGUUUUGGCCUACAAAUGCUUUCGUAAAAAGGUUUUACUGUAAUGCAAUCUACAAUAAAACCCUUGUACAACAACCCUCGCACAACAAAACUUGUCUGUAUGGAACAACUUCAGAAGUUCUGAGAGUCAAUUAAAGGCCGAAAUGAAUCCCCACAACAAACCCCUUCUACAACGAAUACAUUUUUUGUUCUUUUACGAUUAGUUCAACCGAGUCUUGACCGUACUUUCAGAACACGACGACUAAAACGGCUGAAUGACAUCUCCAUUGAUGCCCAUCUCAACAUCGGGAAGAUGAUACAAAGCAAGUACUUGAAGCCAACUUUUGAGGAGAAAUUCGCAGAGCAAAUACGGUAAGAAUACUCAUGAAAAGGUAGUAAAUAAUGAGAAAACUGUACAGUUGAAUCUCUACACAACGAAACCUGUCUUUAACGAACAAUUAUAGGGGUCCCUAGGGUCAAUUUCAGACCAAAGUUAACCUCCGUAAAACAAAACUUUUCUAUAGCGAAUAAAUUUUUGUGAUCCCUUGUGAUUCUUUGUGCAGAGUUUUGACGGUUAUUGUAAUUUUUAGAACAAAAGUGGAACCGAUUCCUAUCUCUCCAGAGUGUCUAAAUGUGAGAUGUAAAGUACUCGUGAAUAACUAUUUCCAGGCAUCUUUAUAUAACAAUCUCAAGCAAGCCUAUUUUGAGGCAUAUGGAAGGAUUAUUGCCAAGGAGAGAGCGGUAAGUAAAUAAAACUGUAACUAUCGAAAAUUCAAAAGGUCAAAGGGACAAUAGAGCUGCAUUUGAAUCGCGCUUUAUACGUAGUGGGAGACGAGAUUCUUCUCCAAAAAAUUCUUCGUCUACUGUACUCAUUACAGCAACUUCCUUGUUAAAAAUUUUACUUCCUUUUUUAGUUUACCGGCAAGGUUGGCGACAGCUACCACGGCUACGCCAGCAUGUUCCUCUAUAAACGCCGAUUCUCCCAUACCAAGACUCUUCGCUACUACAGAACGAAAGAUAAUCAACGACAACUUAUCGACGUACGUUUAAGAAUGAAGGCAUCAACUAUCAGUCUGCCCGGAAAAUAAUGAGCACAACGUCGCUUCCAAUUCAUUUUCUCGGUAGCGAUGCGACUUCUGAUGCGACAGCGUGCAUCAUUUUUCCGACAGAGUCAUAUUCAAGGCAAAAAGUACUGAUACUAUAAUUUGCCGUGCCCAAAAAAUCUAUCGCCCCGAACGAACCAUUGCUCUGCAAAAUGGGUUUACAAAAAACUUGACGGAAUCUUAAGGCCUAUAACCAUUUCGGUUAGGUACUCCAAAAAAGUUAUAGGCAUCAAGGUUCCUUCACGUUUUUCAUAAGACUCUCUAAUUGUUUUAUAAACUGAGAUAGUUUUUUUCAGUACAUCGCCGAAGUUCAAAACAUUUUCAAAACCGCAAACAAAUCCAUCCACAGUUCUGGGAUUUGCAGAGAGAUUUUGCCGAUGCUAAAUAGCUUAAUGGCCAGCGAAAUGUUCGGCGAACUGAAGGGCCGGCCGGGAACUUCGCGUUUUAUGAAUGCUUAUGGGAGAAUCGCUCAAAGGCGAGAUGUGAGAGUAAUUCAAAAGGACUAUAUCAGGUAAAAUACGUGAUGUUUUCAGUUUUCUUUUUUUAUCUCGAAUCUCAAGCGCCUCGAGAAAAAGGUUUCAAAAGGUCUCCUGGAGGCGUUCUUUCUUCAAUAUGACCAAUCUACUUACUAUAUCCGACCGUUUUUGACACAGUAGAUCGGGCAUUUCAAAGAAUGAAGGCCUCCGCGGAGACUUUUUGAAACCUUUUUUUUGAAUCGCUAGAAAAUUCGGACAACAACAGAUCACCUUUCAAAAUCAACAGUCUUUGUGCCUCCGCGAUACUUUUUGAUAUCAAUUUUUGGGCUCCGUCUGGUCUCCUUUUCGACCUUUCGAUCGACAGAAGCCUUGCCAGACCAAGACACGGCUCUCUGUUCUCAGGCCGGAACAAAAAUUUGAACCGGGCCGGGCCUCAAUUUUCGUCGCGGCACGAGAAUCAUGUCCAGCCGGAACUGUUGUACAGUGGCGGACCUGUUCCAGUGGCAAGAAAACGUACCGUCUUGCAUCCAGGAAGGAGCCAAAACCAAAAUUCCGCAAAAGCCUCUCGUGUUUAUUUACAGGGUGUUCCAUCUUUGCGGCCCGAUUUGAAUUGGCUAUAACUUCUUUAUUUUUCGACCAAAUUUGAAGAUUCUUUUUUUUUCCUGAAUCCUCAGAAUCCCCCAUUUUAUUUUACACCAAAUAUGUUGCAGAACUGCAAGGUAUGUCAUAUUUGGUACUAAACAAAAUGGGAGACCCCGACGAUUCAGGGAAAAAAAGAAUCUUAAAAUUUGGCCGAAAAUUAAAGAAAUUAUAGCCAAUUAAAAUCGGGCCACAAAGAUGGAACACCCUGUAAAUAAAACACGAGAGGCUUUUGUGAAAUUUUGGGUUUGAUUCUUUUCUGGAUGCAAGACGUUUUUGCCACUGGAACAGACCCGCCACUAUACAACAGUUCCGGCUGGACAUGCGUCACUGUAUGAUAAAAAACGAAUUAUUUCAAAGGAUUAUACGACCCUUUCCAGUCAAAACUUUAUGAGUCUGGAGACCCGUUUCCGAACAUUGGACCGAGAAGUUGUCAGUCGCGCGCCGGAAUACGGGAUCUACCAAUUUAUCGGUAAGAAACCGCCCGAAAAACGUGUUGAAUUCGUAUUUUACCCAUUUUCAGCCGAUCUCGGCGGAACUAUGGGAUUGUAUUUUGGAUUAUCUUUCCUCACGUUCUACGAGUUCUUGGUGUUUAUGUUCGUUAAGGAUGCCGCAAUCGGCAAUGAGCCACCGCCAAAACGGACAAUAAUUUACAAUGGAGAGAAGCGAAAGGCGACGAGGAAAAAUCGCGACUGCUUUUCGGCCGAGAUGAGAAAACCUAAGGUGGUGUAG